CCGUCGUCUGCUCGAGCGGUUGCGCUCGCAGUGCAGUCCCGUAGCGAGUCGCCGUGCAGCUCGCGUCGUCACGUCCCCGUGUGUGGAUAUUCCGCGAUUUCUUUUUCGCCGAGUUGCCGAGUACUACCUUACGCAGGAGUAGCCCCGUGUGUGGAUGUGCUCUUCCCGUAGUACCUGCGGUGCUGUUCGUUCUUGUUGUGGUGCUGUUCGUUGUCGUCGCGUCGUCAUGCGUCCGGGCGCGCGAGGGAGCAGAUAGGUGCGCUGCCCCCGCGACCGCAUGAUGACACUACGUGCGGGCGGCCUUCUUCCAUCCCUUCCUCUCAAGUGCCUCGAGCCUCGACGCUGGCGGUCGGCGCGUCGUGUCCUAACCGUGACUACCUCGACCGCGGCUACGUAGACAGCGCCGCGGCCCGGCAUGUAGGCCUCAAGACGCAGCGGAUAUUUCGUCGCCUCAUGUGCGCCGUGGCGCGGGCAAAGUACCGCGGGAUGUUCAUGCUCAACUUUGUCUGGAAAGCCCGUCGGAAAGACAAGGAUGCAUCUUCGAGCAGCGGCGGCGGCCAAGAGGAGCCCAAGAUGUACCUGGAGUCGACGGUGCUCGAGUGCACCAUCCCUGAGUCCCGGCUGCGAGACCUGGUCGACCUGCCCGAAGGGCUCGACUACAACGAGUGGCUCGCAUCGCACACACUGGCGUUCUUUGACCACAUCAACCUCCUGUAUGGGACGGUGUCCGAGUUUUGCACCAUGUCCGGCUGCCCCGACAUGACCGGCCCAGGGAAUAGGCAGUACCUGUGGUUUGAUGAGAAAGGGAAGAAGUGCAAGGUGGCGGCCCCCCAGUACAUAGACUAUGUAAUGACCUUCACCCAGAAGACCGUCAACGACGAGUCUCUCUUCCCAACAAAGUUUGAACGCGAGUUUCCCAGUUCUUUCGAGUCCCUGGUGAAGAAGAUUCACGGACUUCUUCUGCAUGUCCUGGCGCACCUGUACCAUGCCCACUUCCGGGAGAUGGUCUUGCUGCAGCUGCACGGUCACCUGCAUUCGAUAUUCGCCCACUUUACCCUCUUCAACACGCGCUUCAACUUGGUGGAUCCCAAAGAUGCUGCUGUGCUACAGGACUUAGCCGUUGCGCUUGGACUCUGUCCACCCGCCGAGAGCGCCAACGGAAGCCCCGCUGCCUCUUCCUCUACACCCUCCUCCUCGGCCGUCGCAGCAGGCGGCAGCACGGACGAGGAUUCUGUGGCUGCAGAAGUCCCGGCUUGCACGGCUGCGCCCAUGGAUGUGUCCCUCUCGCCUUCGGUGAUGCAGCGGUCUGUGGUUACCUCUGGCAUUGAGGCAACUCCAGUGUCGAUGACCGCCACGACGGCCGGGAGUGUGGUGCCUGCGCAGUAGGCCGUCGUGUGGUUGCUGUUUUGUUGACAUUUUGUCGAGUGCCUGUGGUGAUAGCAGUGGCUAGCACAGCUGCGGUGUGGAGUGCUGGCUCCUCCGAGAGUGGUAUCGGAGAGGCACUUCCGUCUCACGUCCACAACUGCGGUAGCACUGCGCUUGUUGGCACCAGGGUGUGGGGCUGCUGGUGGUGGUGCCACGAAGGUGAUGAUGUCACUUUGGUGUGACUAGACAGUUCUUCUGGCAGCAGCAGUAGCAUCAAGCAAAUUGUUUGUUGUUUUCGCUGUGACGCUAAGUUGAAAUGUGGCUUUACUGCUAUGCCCACCUUUAGCUUGACAGUAAGGUAAUGGUGGCUGCAGUGAUGGCAGUGUUUAUGUGGCAGGCAUGGUAGGCCUUCCCCCUCCCUCCUCUUUCCUGCGACAAUUUACAACUGAGUCGUGUGCUGUGAGAACUAUGGCCUUUGCAGAAUAUCCUCUGCAGAAAAGCCAUUGCUGAAACCUGAGCGAGUUAGGCAACCUUUUCCACAGUAGCUGGGCUAAUUAUCUCUGUGCCGACAAAGGAGUGGCUUGCUGCUUGUUUAGCUGGAGUGGUUGUUCUAGAGAAAGUCGCUAUGUCCGCCAUGCUGUGAUCAUGCAAGUGGUGGAAUGCAUGGCAAAAUUCAGUUUGCAAGAGCUUGCGGGCACCUUCAGUGCACUAGGCUAGCUUGCUAGCUGGCAUUGUUGUAGUGGUGGCAAAGUUUUUUGAUUGUCAUUGAAUAGCGUUGCAUGGAAAGUUCACUCAAGACGUAAAAGAUGGUUUUCUUUGUAUAUUGCGAAGUAGAAAGUAGAAAAUCAUUUUGCAUUGAUUAAUGUUCACACACUGUGGUUAUGUUGAGUAUGUUGUGUUGCCCUAUCAGCAUUUUUCUUACUGCCACAGUAGUUUGUAUUAUUAAACUGGUGCAGCGCAAGAAGGGAAAGGAAAAAACAGUCAAGCCGGCCAGAAGAAGGGACAAAGUGCUGUACAGCUUCUGGCCAGUUCGGCUGUCUUUUUUCCUUGUUACGCUCUGCCAGUUUGAGAAUGACAAACCAAUCGCCCAAUCCUAUUAAAUUCAGUGCUCAGAUCCCCGAGAAAAGCCAGCACUUUCUGGCACAGAGCUUAAGGGAAAUUGAAGGAGUGAACUACCACUUUACCAUCUCUUGAUGCCAAAUUGCACAUUAGUUGCAGCUAGUCUGGUUUAUGAGAUUAGGCUGCAAUGUGCCAUUAGGAGAAGACAGUACUUGCAAGCUCUGCAAUACUGCAUUUCCAGGAAAGUGCGAACUUGAGAUGUUCACUUGCGCUCUUGAAUUGGUGGUUUCUUAGAGCGGCUGUAUCACAUAACAGAGGCAGCAUCUGUGAGCUGUCUUGUGUAUGCAAGUAAUGGCACGGUUAGGAAUGACUGCCAUAGAUUUGUCACGGAAGUCUUGUCACUGUUCACGUCUGUCUGCAGGUCGGAGGUUCAUGGUGGGAGCGGGGUCUUGUUGGUGACAAAAUUAUUGAUGCCAGCCAGGUUGUUGGAAGCGGAGCAGGUGACAUGCGGCCGCUCUCGAAACUCGCUCAGUCUAAAAGGAGAGGAGAGGUGGGGUGGGUCAAGUGUGUGUUGCGUGGUGUGGUGACAAUGCGCGUCGUUCUUCAGCAGAGGGAAAUAAAGUGGGAAGAGAGUUAGAAGGGGGGGCCUAUUUAUUUUCUGUCAUCGCCUCGGCCCGCACUCACACGCACACACAGCCACUAGGUGUCACACUACUACACUUGCUCGUGUGCAAGGCGACACACACACACACAAUGUGUAAAUAGGAUGAUGUUCUAUUUUUAAGAGGCAUAUGAGGUUGGUGAUUUAGGCAAGUCUUUCUUCCCUUUCCUUCCUCCCUACAAUCCUCCCCUGUUUUCCUCACUCCCCACCGAGCAUUUGAAGAUGCAUGUGCAAUGGAGCGUUAGCCGUCGUCGCUGACGUGGAGGGUCAACCGGAUCAGUGAUGACAUGGAAGUGGUGGGUGCCUUGCAGCUUGUAAAGAUGGCCUUCUUGCCUUUGCCUCAGCUGUUUUGCCACCUGCUUUCGUGCGUGUGUUCAGGUGGUAAUUGUCGGGGAUGUGCCUGCUUCAUCAUUCGUCUAGCUGCAAGGAACGAAUGCUGUUUGGUUCUUCUUCUUCCUCCACAUGUGGUCCCCGCCCGUGAUUGGUUGUUGGUUUGUGGUGGCUUCCGAUUCGUAGGCUUCUAAACAAGGCCCUUCUAGGCAAUGCAGCGCGCGUGCAUUUUUUAAAGUGUGAACCGUCUUGCCUUUGCUGUGGACGCAUUGUGCAGUCGGCGUGUGACACUGAAGCUGCCAUUGCUGGAUCCUCUGUGGAUGGAUCAGUGGCAUAAGUGAGUGGGCAGUGCGGUGGUGUUUGUGUUAAGCAGAUGCAUGCAAGAAGUUCCACGUAGUUUUUGCGCUGGAAAAGUUGUAGUUGACACUAAAGGCGCAAGCGACUUGCAGCUCUAUUCAACCUUUUUGCUGCUGGCUGCGUGGCAGCCGUUGACGCUCGAUGUGUCAACGUCACAAAUCAGCUUGUAGCAAUUACAAACCUUUAUUCAAGACAUUGAACGGAAUGUUAAGUUUAGGUCAUCAGCUACUGAAAGUUUGUUUGUAGAGUUGCAUGGGUAGUGGUUAGGAAAUUCUGGCGAUACUAAACUACUUGAUGAAAACAACAUUUAGGAACUCACCAUGUCACUAUAGUUUAUGAACAGCAUAAUUGUCACAAAAUAGAUGGCCCAUUAUCAAAUGCUCCAAUUAUUGGCACAUUAGACAUUAGAAAUAGCAUUAGUCAAGUCAACCUUCCUGAAUUUGGGUGGCUUUUUCAGUGGCCCUUUCAGAUAGACCAAUACUGCAGAAGAGGCUUGGUACGAACCCUUCAAACAUUACGUAACGAGCUGCAGACUGUGUACCCUAACUUAUACUGCUAGUAUUGCAGAGAUUUUUCAAGCUCUAGUAGUCAUGCAAACCUUUGCACUUCAUCAUUAUGCUUCUGCUAUUCACUAUGGCUUCAGGAAUGAAAUCUAAGGCAGGCCCAUCUGUGUUGCUUGGAGCAGUUUCCAAAGACAUCGUGAUAACCUGCAGUAACCUGGCUUGAGUCAUGGCCUAUGAAACUUGAAGAAAUUUUCUGCUUGUACCUUAACCCACACCUGCAGUGUUAAGAAUAAGCUCGCUUCUUUGAAGGCGGCACUUUCAGAAGGAGAGAUGGGAGUUUUCCAUGGCAUUGUGAGGCAAGCGUGGAACUUACAAUAAAUGUGGUCGAUGCAUACAGUCUACCUUAGUAGGUGCAUUGUCGACGUUGCAGUGUUUCCGAUGAGGCACUGCACGCAAAGAGAUUGAGGCACGUGGUUUUCGUUUAGCACAUGAGAGUAAGCCCGACAUGCUAGUUCGGACAACACCUGGAGAGGCAGUUUGUUGAUGCCACUGUUCUUGCUUGGAAAAGUCUCCAUUCUUGCCUUCAUCUGUAGAGCGUGCAAAUUCAAUGCAUUGCAGCUAUCUUUUGCUGUGCAGUGUCAGAACAUUCUUUCUUAACAACUUGCCAUCUGCACGGCUACUUCAUCCUCUCAGCUUGGCAUAUUGACUCGUGUAAUGGUGUAACGUCAGCUUUAGGCCCUGUGAAUGACGUAUUUUAUUUUAGCUGCACAUGAGGGGUGUCCACAGUUUUAGCCAGUGACACGGCUUCUUUCCUUUUGAAGUUAUUGGACAUUUUUAAAGUGAAUAUAAGUGUACAUUAAAGCAGCGCAAGUUUAUCCAAUAAAGCUGACAGCUGUUGCUUUUUAAGUUCACAGAGUCGCCAGUCAUCAUUAUGAUUAAAGCAGCUACAACUUAUAUCCAUGGAUUCUGUGUAUUUUGUACUCGUGGAUCUUGUUGGUCUCAGCCUGUUCAGUAGUUCCAAAUUAAAAAGAAAAAAAUUUGUUAAAUUUUAGACAGAGAGCCUAGGCAAAGACAACAUUUCAAUGCAGCAGCAGCCCUGCUACUUUUUUUUUUCAGGAGAACUGUAACAUGGAAAGGGUACAGCUAUUACAUGAGUCUGUACGCUAGCUCUUCUUGUAGCUCACAGAGCUCUUGCAUCUUCUUCUACAGGGGCUUCCUCAUUUCUAUUCAGCUCCUCUUUAGGCAAGCAUAAAACCUAGACAUUGAAAAUAAAGUGGAUUAGGAGACGCGUGCUGACAAUAUCUGAGUAGUUAAUGCGCGUAGCAGAGCAAGGUUGGUAGCUUUGAAAGGCUUAGCAUAUCUUCUUGGUUACGAAACACGUUCACUGUGCUGGCCUCGUUUGAUGAAUGUUUGCAUUUUUGUGAUGCCGAGUUUAUGAAAAUUUCUCAAGUCCUGCACAGUUUCUAACAUGAUCCAUUAUUCUGGCUUCCACUUACGUAAAUAACAGCAAUAUUUGCCCACCACCUGACUUAAUUUGCAAGAAUUUGCGAGAGACUGCAGGGGGUGGCAGGUUCGUGGGAGUGUUGCUCUUUUGGCAGGCACAGUUCAUUUCACUCAGAGGUUGACAAAGGGGGGGGGGGUGCAGCUGUGGGCCAUUUCAGUUCACCUGUGAUCCGCGGCGCUCUUUAUAUUCAGAUUCCAACAUCUGCGGUGUUUUUUUUUUCAUGGCAGAAGUUUGCCAGUUCAGAUGUUUUGCAAUUUGCCAUUGCGAGGGCCCAUUCCAAAACUUUGAACACUACUAUGAAGGGCAGGACAUUACCACGUCUUUCCAACCUUAGUUUUGCUUAUUAUCGUUCACUUGAUUUUGAAGAAUUGUGAUUUUUUUGUAGCCUGUGCAUAUAUGUGUGGUCGUAGGCACGCAUGCAUUUGUGUAAAUAGUGGGUUCGUUUUCCUGGCAUCUUUUUGUUUUGUUAUUUCUUGCUUGUGGUCUUAUUUAUUGCUUGUCUCGACAAAUGUGUGCACCUCUCAUUGCCCUGUAAGCUUGGGCCGCUUGUCUGUUGGCAAAACGUGCGGCCAUUUGACGCAAUCUGUGCGUUUGCUCGUUCGGUUGUCUGCUGGUUUGGCUGUCAGAAAAUGUACAGACAUGAGUUUGCAUAACUCCGAGCGUGCGCUUGUAUUUUGGGCUUUUGUGACAGUGGUGUUGGAUGGUAGCUGCUGCCGUGCGAGCUUGGGUGUUGUGUCGGAAAACGGGAAGGCAACAGGUUACGCAAGGACAGAGUUGCGACAGGAGCUGCUAGCAUGUACCAUUUGACAUCUGCUUUAUUUGUGCUUUGCUUGUGGCAUUCAACUGUCACUGUAUGAGUGAAUGCACACCAGGAGACUUUGCUGAUGUGUUACAGUUGCAGAGCUUUGUCCAGGCGAUUGCUAGUUGUCUGAACAGGAAACUAUUACUAUUUAAGGAGCUGACUGGUGCACUUACAUAAAGCGGAAACAAUUAAUAAACAAUGAACUCGUAAGCACUGUGAAAUGCCAAAAAAUAUGCGAUUUAGCUGGUCUAGAAGAAAGGCUCACAUAGCGCGAAGUUUCUGGUGCCCAUCAUAACAGGCAACAGUUAGUUAAAAAAAAAAAAGAGUCGAGUAAAAGAUUAUUAUCCAAGUUGGAUGUUGAGGUAUUGUUUGAUGGCUGCAUGACGAGUUAUUUUUGCCAAUGAUUAAGCCUCUUUCGGUUUCAUUUAGUGUGGUUAUGGGAGGGUCACAUGACGUUUUCAAACGUCACUGUCUGCUCUUUGUUGGAUUGGGAUGUGCUGUACCCCAUCUGGAAUUAGUGAAGCCAGGAGAGACAAGUAGCGUAAACUUCAGCAGAGAACAAACCAUUAAUGGGCGGCCUGUCCUUUCUGGUAUCUGCGUGCCACUCAAAUCUCUGUCAUCUACUGUGCAGAGAUUAGCCGCACACUGAUCAAGUCUUACCUUUGGCCUAAUAGCCUCGGCUGUCACCCUAAGCUGCUUGACAGCACAGUUCAUGUUGCGUUCGCAUGCACCAGUGAGCUCCCCUUGUGUGCAAGGCCUGUCUGGGUGUGGUGUGUGUGCGUGUGAGGGAGCGGCACCUCUGCCCUUGGACUGUAUUAUUCGUGUUUUUGUUGGCUAUUAUUUUUUGUAUCAUUACAGGUGGUGGCAGUUGUGAUUUUUUAUUAUCUCGGCGAGUAUGAAAGACGCACUUGCACGGAGCUUGUUGACCGUCGAGCGAGGGUAGGAGGGGCGGGUCAUCGUUGUUGGUUAAUUAUUUUGUUUAAUGAAUUGAAAAGUGAGCACUGUGUUAGAUGUACAUACAUAUAAUAUAUAGAUAUAUAUCUUUAUCUCUACCAUUGACCUAUAGCGACAAAAGAUAUUGCCUGGGGGCAGGAAUCGGGAGUGUUUUGCCUAGUGUAGGACAAUUGAUGGCACGCAGGUGAAGGUGGCGUGGAAACCCGACCAUUGAGCAAGCACAGCUGUUCCUUCGGGCUGAGCUGAUCCGAAGCCAGUCUUGUCUUUGCCUUGCCACGACUCUUAUCGUGGACAGCGGAGCAGCCGCUGUUCUCGCUGUUGAUAUCAGACCACCCUUUGCUGGGGACACCACACGGGCAGCAUUGUUCGGAGCUUCUGUCACGCAGGCCUCGUGGCUGCUUGGUGUCUCCAGCCAUGGAGCUGGCUAGCAUGGCUUGCCAAGCAGCAGAGCCAAGGUGUAUCACCAGUGCACCUGAACUGAAUGCACCUUUUAUCUCUUUCCCCCUGCCUGUUUCCGUAUGGGGCCUUUAAUGUCUAUAGUACCAUCACUCUACCAAGAGAAAGCAACACACACUGACAGUACCACUCCCAGCUGUUGCUCACACGUCAGUUAUUUGUGCUUGCCACUGUUCCAACUCCUGUCACACAAUGCGGCAAACAGAAAAAAAUGAAAAGAACAGUGUGCUGCACAAGCUGUGGCGAAGUGUUUGCUUUUGAUUCGGUAAACCUCCUAUAUUUUGGUUGUUUUGGCGGCACAUGGCUGUUUACCCUGCUUUAACAACGCUGAUUGAGCCACUCCGCCAGAGUUUUUGCUGAUGGCGUUGCAUACUUGUGUUGCUGUCUUGUCCCUAUCCUGUUGCAUGCCAUUUGGGUCUCGUGUGACAGGGGUUACAGUAGACUCUCAGAUGUCGGAUGUCACUUGCAGACUGAUAAAGGAGGGAGUCAGAUUUUUAAAGGGAGCACUUGCAUGGUAAAUUCUUUGGCAGGUGUGUCAUGAACACUGCAAAAACUUUCAGCGUGGGUUCUGUCUUGCCAGCAAGGUGAAUUGGUUGAAACAUUUGUGUUGAAGUUGGUUUGGCGUUGUGGAGAUGCAUUUUGUUUCGAGAGAUCCUGCUGACGUGUUGGUGUGCAUUGUAGCUUCGAAGCUUCGGCAUCUGAGAAUCGGCUGGGUCAUUGCUUGGUGCAGCAUUACAAGCACGGAGACCUGUCUGAGGGCUGGGCAUGGAAAAACCAAGAUCAGUGCUUGCCUACUUUGUCACACAUGAAAACGAUACAAGUACUCCACAUGCAAAACACAGACACACACAAAUUGCAGAGGCUCGUUUGUCAUCUCGGGAAAGAGGUGCAAAAUUGGAUGUCGUAAGGGGUAAAAUAUGAAGUGCAGCUCGCGGGCUGCAAUGUCUACUUUGCCGAAGCAGCAGCCGAUGAUGACAACGGUGAUGAUGACGCGUGUGUAUGUGUGAAAUGUAGUACACGCAUGUCCGUUGGUGCCUUUCUUAUCGAAGAACUGUGCGUGCAUUCCACAGUGCGUGCCUGUGUGUCUCUAUUCUUGCCUUCGUCCCCGCGUGCGCCACCACCAUCGCGUGUGACAUCAGCUUGACGCUGAUGCUGCCACUGUUGCAUUGACGAGACUUCAGGCGUGGUGUUGUGACCUCCAUGCGCAGAGUUGCCAACUCCAUGGCUGGCCUUCUGGCCUGUGAAAUAUGUUUGAAGGAAAGGCUUUUUAAUUUGUCCAUGACAGGAGAGUGAUGUGCUGAUUUGUGCCAUGCCAGUACAAGGCAUGUAUGCCGAAACAGACAAAGUUGUAGAAUCGCAGGUGACAAUCAUGAACCAGACAGUAUUUGGAUCUGCAGCAAGUCAUCAUUGCAAGUAGCUGAAAAUAGUAAGCCUCAUACUCCUUACAAGUGCUUAGUGAAAUGUCUAGGACGUAAUGUGGUUUCUUAAACCACGCUAGUACUGAUUCGCCCAAUGGAAUAGUCUCGCGUCGGCCAGUUUUUCCUUUCUGUUUUUCUCGGUGACUAUUCAUACCUGAAGGAGCAGUUAAGUUCUUUUAACAUGUUACUGCUGUACUGAUUACCAUGGAACAAGUCCACAGCAGAUGACACAUUUCAGGACUGUGGUGAAAAGGAUUGCCAAGCUCUGCACAGUCUUUCUCGCAGCUGCCUGAGCGACUGUGCCCAGUAAUGAAUGAACUGCUAUGAACUGUGCUUGUGGCUACACUGAGACUCAAAAACAGAUCAAGCACCUAUCAAAGUGUGCCCAUUUUAGGAUGAACAGCGUUUCCGUUAAUAGUUGAAGAAUGCCAAGUGCGAAGCCAAGUAGUGAAGUCAAGCCAAUUAUUUUCCAUUUGAAGUAUGCGAUAGCAGAAAGUAGACAUUUAAGACCAAAAAGAACAUGCGCACAUCUGCCUGCCUUCAAGUCUGUGUUGGUAUCACUGUACUGGACUUGGCACUUCAAGCCAAUGGAGGAAGCUGUAGCAACCCCGUGAGCAAAUUGUUCAACAACCGUCGUAAGUGGCGACCUGACAUUAUGGCAGAGUUUUACAAUCUAGAGAGUAGCGCUACUGUUUGGCUCUAUUGAAAUCGAUUUGACAUCAUCAAUAAGGAAGCACAGUAUCGAGGCAAAAUAGGACAUACUGCCUCCCUCAAGCCGGUGCUCUCCUUUGCUGCGUACCCGCGAACGCGUGUCUGAACACCAAUGCGCGGCAGAUGUGGUCUUGGCAUUGUCUCAUGAUCGGACACAUUACUUACGGCGUGGACUGGUUGAACAUGGUGUAAAAUGAAGCGAGCAGGUAGUCUAGUGCCGGCUCAGGUUUCAACCGGCGUGGGCGUUAGCAAAACUUUGCGCUUGGAGGUCGACGCGCUGCGUGCUUUGUGCGUUUUUCGUGCUGUGUUCAGAUGGAGCGCAGCUGCGUAUCUGUCUUGUUUCCAUCUUCGUAUACGCCGUGGCGGCGUCGGUCAGUUUCAUUUAUUUUUUGUUUGUGUUUUUCUUUUUUCCGUGGCGUACGCGUGUGUUGCGCCGAUGGCGCUUAUGUGUGUGUUGACGAUGUCGCGCGCAGAAGUUGCGGCCGUUGCCGCGGCUGACGAGAGUGAUUAUGUGUUGAUGAUGGUGAUGCUAUGGCGAUGAUGUGUACACACACACGCAAACACGCAGAUACACACACUAUACACAUGUUAACACGAGACGCGUACGCCAUCGCUCUUCGCCUUUGAUAAUCGACACACCAAGUGCACACACACGCAGAAGAGAAGCUGUGUUUGCGGCGGGCUUUGUAAAUAGAGAGAAGGAGAGAGAGAGGAAUAAAAACCUUCGAGGGAACUAGUCAAGUACAAUAAAGUUUAGUACAAUGGUA